AUGGACAUCCCGCCUCCGGCUGGCGACGUCGCUAUGUCCGAACCCGAGUCCGAACACCACAUCGUCAAGGCCGACGAAAUGGAUCAGACGGGCACAGAUAUCUCGCCCAUCUCAGACGAUCAAUUGAUGGAGGAAGUCGCCCAAGGUAUUCGCCAAGAACAAGAACAAGCUGAACAGGCCGCGCCUACAACGGAACCCACCCAGCCUGAGCAACCCCCCAAGCGACCCGAGCUUCGUCGAGACAACUCUGCGCCUCCUCCUCCUCCGCUCCAACCACCUCCUCCAGCCCCAGUUCAGCAGAAUGCGGAUCCCCCAACAGAUUCCCUAAGUCUCGCUCAGCUGCGUAAGCUUGUGCAAGAAAUGCCCAAAAUCGAACAACCCGCCUAUGCGUUCGAAUAUGCCGAUUCGCAAUCAUUCCCAGAUGAGAUUGAGGAAUGGUUUCAGUACAAUGAGUUCGAUCGAGUCAUGUUGGUUGGCAUGAAGUCCACUUUCGGCCGCCAAUGGACCGACUUCACCUUGAGAUAUGCCUCGCAAACCCCUGGAGUAUCAUGGAUAGAAGCCUCGGAAAGCUUGCGCCGGAAUUUUGUUAGAGAGUCUCUCGAUAAAACCCGGCACCCGGAUGUUUCGGUGCGACUGGAAGCCCUGGAGAAUAUCUGCUAUGCUGUGACGGGUACAUGGGGUUCCACCGCCGGACGAGUCGCGCAAGACUUCCCAUCCAGCCCCGAUUCGAAGGCAGCGGAGACUUCUCGAUCGAAAUCUCUCCAAAUUGAGUGGAUUGAACAGAACGUCUCGCUUGUCCAGCAAUGCGAUGGAAUUUCUGUUCUAGUGGAGAGGUUGAGUCAAAUAUUCGACAAGACCCGCCCCUCCUUUGGUCCCGACCCUGAUGGGAUUGAAUUUGAACGUCUAAGUGCAGGGGACAUUGCUGCUCCAGAACGCGAGGCCAAUUUAUUGCUCACUUCACUGUAUUUUACUGUUGAAGUGGGCCGAAGGCAAGAGGGCCAAGACCCCCAGUGCACUCUAAUUCGUGAUUCGCUUGUCGAAUCCAAGCCCUGCCUAUUGGUUUCAAUUGUUGAAAUUAUUGCGAGGCUACGAUGGGACGAAUCUGCCAAUAUUCCCCUCACUAGAAUCAUCUUGCUUCUAUGGAAGACGUUACUCCUUGUCUUCGGUGGCACCGAGCGAUUAAAGAGAGCCAAAGAAGUUCUGGAACCCAAAUUCAAGAAGACCGAAGAAGACUCGACGAACCGAAGAACUCCCUUCUUGACUGCAUCACCCUUGGACUAUCAGACGUUCCGUCAGGAAAUCACAUCCAAAUAUCCUGCUUACAAUCCGCCGCCUGCUCUCGUUCCCCUCGAGCUUGAUAAUAAUUCAAUUCUCCCACCUCUCCCCCAGCAUCCCCACAAAGCAGCCGCGCCAUUUUGCGGAGUUGGUCCGUCUGUCGCCAGUGGCAACGGCUCUAUCCUGCAACAAUCCGUUCACAUUGCGACCCCGGCUCCAUCACCGCCCCCAUCGCCCAUCGGCCCUGGUGGGAAGGCGGGCAAAAAGCAAAAUUACCAAACCAACCAGAAUUUCCCGCUGAUGUAUCCUCCUCUGGAUGAUACCAGUAAUUUGAUUGGUGGCAAAGGCUCCACCGAACGCCAGGAUGUCCUGGUGGGGAAGAGAUGGGAAGGCAACGACGUGCCAGCGUCGAUUAUUGAAGCGGGCAGACUGUUUUCCACGCACGUGAAGAUGACACGAGCAAUGCAACAACUUUGGGACGAACGCGAGAACUUCAUGAAGUACGACCGUGGUUGGAAUCACGAGCAACCCUCGCGUGUGCCUGACUAUUCUUGGACCAACAAGCUGCCAGAGGAUAUGAGCCACCUUGACUUGGAUGGCAGCGAACAGUCUUCCCAAACUGAGCCCAAGAGUCCUAAGGAGAAGAUCGAUGAUCCAGAUAUCCAACGGCGACUUGAUGCUGUGGAAGACUUUUAUGCCCACACUUUGUCUCACCUUCAGUCCAUUACAAUCGUCUUUUUGAAGAUCAUUCUCACAAAUGUUAGCGCUGUGGUUAACCAGGCCAAUGCUUCCAAUUCACAAAGCAUGGUACAGAGCAUGGUCAAUGGUCAUGGUAUCAAUGGCGGGUCUGGGAUGUUCCCCCCUGAGCUUCAUAUUGAUGAGUUGGAUAACAUUCGAUUACGGGAGAUCACUGGAAAGGCUGUUUCUGGAACCUUGCUUCUCAUGCUAAAAUGGUUCAAGCGGUCUCAUAUCCUCAAAUUCGAAUAUAUGACUCAGCUCUUGCUUGAUUCGAACUAUCUCCCAUUGAUUCUGAAGAUGUUCGCCCAUCAGGACGUUGACCAGGCGGUUGCGCAGAAAAACGACCGCGAGGAAUUAGCAUUCUUCCACUUCUGCGCCGAACACUCUGACCACCGCAUCGACUCACAAGACGACAACGGCGGAGACACCGAGAGCGAAGACGACGCAGCUCCACCCCCGAUAUCCCGCCACCGCCCCAAUGUGAACGGCACCAACUCCGCUCGCGGAUUAUCGCCCGAAGAGUCCAUUGCAGAGCAACUCGAGGGACCUACACGACCAGAGGUCGACGAACUAGGCUAUCCGACCGCACCACCCCCGAAGGAGCCGAUAACCGUCUUCUCCUUCCGCAACUUCUUCUCCUCCAUCAACUACCUGCACAUCAUGCAAAAGAUCACGCGGGACAAAGCACACCGCUGCCUCCUCCUCGUGCAAUAUAAGUCCAGCACGAUUCUGCGCAAAGGCCUCAAGAUCCCGGACCCCCAUCUCCGCUUCUACACGCUGAAGCUAUUCAAAUCCCAAGUCCCCUACUGCGGCCGUAAAUGGCGCCAGAGCAACAUGCGCGUCAUAACGGCCAUCUAUCUCUACUGUCAGCCAGAACUUCGCGAUGACUGGCUCGCUGGGUCGGACGUGGAUGCUGAGGUCGAAGAAGCGCUGCCGUUGGAACAGGCGCUCCGCGGACUCACGCAUUGGUGGCAUUUACGACGGUACAAGGAUGUCAUGGGCGGACCGGAGGGUGCGUCUAUGAUGGAGGAAGAGCGCGAUUUUUUCGUUCGUGAACUUGAGUCUAUGGAUUGGGGUGGUGAGGAUAUGGCCGAGGAAGGUGAUGUUGGUGGUAACCAUGCGAUGAAUGGGACUGAAUGGGAUGGUGGUCUUCAGGUGGAGGGUUGGGCGUGA